AUGAGUUCAACAAGCUUAGGACAUAGAUUCAAGGAUAUUACUAUUAUUCCUAAUAGUAAAGAUCUAAUAGAUAUUGUACUAUCCAAGACCCAAAGGAAGACUCCAACUCAAGUACAUCCACAGUUUCAAAUUAGUAGAAUAAGGUCAUUUUAUAUGAGAAAAGUGAAAUUUUGCCAGCAAAUUAUUCAUGAUAGAUUAACCAUGAUACUAACUCAGUUUCCAAGAUUGGAUGAAAUACAUCCAUUUUAUUCAGAUCUAUGUAAUGUAUUGUAUGAUAGAGAUCAUUAUAAGCUUGCAUUGGGCCAUAUUUCAGGUUCGAAGAAUAUUGUUGAUUCUUUAGCAAAGGAUUAUGUAAGAUUGUUGAAAUAUGCAGAUAGUCCAUAUAAAUGCAAAAUGCUAAAAAGAGCUGCAUUGGGUAGAAUGUGUACUUGCUUAAAGAAGCUACAAGCACCAUUGGAAUACUUGGAGGAAGUAAGACAACAUAUUGGACGUCUUCCAAGUAUUAAUCCAACUACAAGAACACUAAUAGUAUGUGGUUAUCCAAAUGUUGGUAAGAGUAGCUUUAUUAAUUGUGUUUCUCACGCUAAUGUUGAAGUUGAGCCAUAUGCAUUUACUACUAAAUCGUUAUAUGUCGGCCAUUUUGACUAUAAUUAUGCUAGAUGGCAAGUAAUUGACACACCAGGUAUUUUGGAUCGUCCAUUGGAUGAGAGAAAUACUAUAGAAAUGACGGCUAUCACAGCUCUGGCACACAUUCACUCAUGUAUUUUAUAUUUCGUUGAUAUUUCAGAAGAGUGUGGUUAUAGUAUUGAGAAACAAACUCAACUUUUUCAUUCUAUCAAGACCUUAUUUAGAAAUAAACAAGUUUUUAUUAUAUUAAAUAAGAUUGAUUCUCGUUCAGUAGAUGAUUUAUCACCGGAAGAAAAGAAAAUGAUUGAGGAGCUUAAAACAGGGCUUGAAGGUGAAUCUAAUGAAAAUGGAGGAAAAGUUGAAGUAGUUGAUAUUUUGACAAUGUCAACAAUGAAAAAGAUUGGAGUAGAAGAAGCAAAAAAUAGAGCAUGUAAUGAACUUCUUCAAAAAAGAAUAGAAAUUAAGGUGAAAACCAAAAGAGUGGAUGCAAUUUCAAGAAGGCUUCAUAUAGCAGAAACACCAUUAAAUAAAGACAGGCCACCUUGUAUACCUGAUUCAGUAAUACAAGAAAGAUCUCAAGAAAUCAAAUCAAGAACAAAAUCGGGACCAUUAGAAAAGGAGCUUGAAGAAGAAAUGGGUGGUGCUGGUGUAUAUCAAAUGGAUUGGAAUAGGAAAUAUGUUCUUAAGGAUGAUAAUUGGAAAUAUGAUUUGGUCCCAGAGAUUAUGGAUGGCAAAAAUAUUAUUGACUUUAUUGACCCAGAAAUUGAAGAAAAAUUGAGGGAGCUCGAAAAAGAAGAGGAAAUAUUAUUGAUGAAUGAUCCAUCGCAAGAAUUUGAUGAGAAAUUAUGGGAACAAACUCAAACAGCUCUUAAGAAUAUACAUGAUAAGAUUAAUCUUAAGAGGAGAGAAAAUAUGGAUAAUAAGGCAAGAAACGCACCUACAUUACCUAGAGGAAGAGCUAGACAAGCUUCUGCUGGUGAAUUAACAAAGUUAACUAAUCAACUUGAUGAAUUAGGUUACGAUAUAUCAAAAAUAUAUGAAAGAGGCAGAAGCCUUGCAAGGAAAGAGGAAAAUAAGAGAGAAAGAGGAAGGUCUUUAACAAGAAAAGCAGUUAAUGAUGGUUCUGAUCAAAUUUCCUUAUUAAGAGCUAAAAGAUCAAGAAGUCUUGCAGGCAAUGAAGACAUCGAAAUGUCUGUUAACAAUGAAAACUCAUCUAAGGAGUUGUUUAAAAGAAAAAGACUGGCAAGGGGUCACAGCCCUGCUCCUAAUCGUAUUGAUGCUUCACUUAAACCUGGAAAACAACAAGAAAAGGCUGAAAAAUUGCGCAGAAAAUCCCAAGCUAAGCUUGGAAAACUCGCUAGAAGAGGAGAGGCCGAUCGUAGUGUUCCGACAAAAAUGCCAAUGCAUUUAUUUUCAGGAAAACGUGGUAUGGGUAAAACCGACCGUAGAUAG